CGGGGCUCCCAGGCGCCCUCGCCCGCGCCCGCGCUCGUCUUCGCCGCCCGUGCCCGACACCAUGCCGCACAAAGAGUGACCUGCUACCCAUUUUCACAAUGGAGGACUUGGGAAAGACUUUCAGCUCUGAGGAAGAAGAAGCAAACUAUUGGAAAGAUCUGGCCAUGACCUACAAGCAGAGGGCAGAGAAUUCGCAGGAGGAGCUCCGAGAGUUCCAGGAGGGAAGCCGAGAAUAUGAAGCUGAGCUGGAGACUCAGCUGCAACAGAUCGAGACCAGGAACCGAGACCUCCUAUCGGAGAACAACCGCCUCCGCAUGGAGCUAGAGACCGUCAAGGAGAAGUUUGAGACGCAGCAUUCCGAAGGCUACCGGCAGAUCUCAGCGUUGGAGGACGACCUGGCCCAGACCAAAGCCAUUAAGGAUCAGCUGCAGAAGUACAUCAGGGAGCUGGAGCAAGCCAACGACGACCUGGAGAGAGCCAAACGAGCCACAAUCAUGUCCCUGGAGGACUUUGAGCAACGCUUGAAUCAAGCCAUUGAAAGAAAUGCCUUUCUGGAGAGUGAACUGGAUGAGAAGGAGAAUCUUCUAGAAUCCGUCCAGAGGCUGAAGGAUGAAGCUAGAGAUCUGCGGCAGGAGCUGGCUGUACAGCAGAAGCAAGAGAAGCCCAGGACACCCGCGCCUGGUUCGGGGGCAGCCGAAAGGACAGACACAGCCGUCCAGGCCACGGGCUCCGUGCCGUCCACUCCCGUAGCUCACCGAGGCCCCGGCUCUGGGUUAAACACGCCCGCAGCAUUUAGGCACGGUCUGGACAGCUCUAAUAGUGGGACUCCACUCACACCGGCAGCCCGGAUAUCCGCCCUCAACAUAGUGGGAGACCUGCUGCGGAAAGUGGGGGCCCUGGAGUCCAAACUGGCAUCCUGUCGGAACUUCGUGUAUGAUCAGUCCCCAAGCCGGACAAGUGGCCCAGCCUCAGGGCGAGGGAACAAGAGCAGAGACAGCAGUGACAGACGACCUAGUGGCACCAGUGUACCUUUGGGUGACAAAGGGUUGGGAAAACGCCUGGAGUUCGGGAAGCCGCCCUCACAGCCCUGUUCGCCCGUGCUGCGGCCUGCCCAGGGUGUCAAGCUCUUGCUCUAGGGCCCCACAGGAGCUGGAGCCCCUCUUCCCCUAUGGCACAUGCUUACCUGUCACCCCCAUCCCCUCCCC